GAACAGCCCCAACUCUCCCAGCCUGUCCCCACAGGGAAGGUUCUCCAGCCUUCUGAUCAUCCUUGUGGCCUCCUCUGGACCUGCUCCAGCAGUUCCCUGUCCCUCCUGUGCUGGGGCCACCAAAGCUGGAGGCAGUGCUGCAGGUCGGCGGCAGGGGAUCAGGCGGCAGCCAGGCGGCAGCGGCCCCGGCCCCGCGGCCAUGUCCAAGCCCAAGAGCUCGGAGUCGGUGCGGGUGGUGGUGCGGUGCCGGCCCAUGAACAGCAAGGAGAAGACAGCCUCCUACGAGCGGGUGGUCAGCGUGGACGUGAAGCUAGGCCAGGUCUCGGUGAAGAACCCGCGGGGAACCGCUCAUGAGCUGCCCAAAACCUUCACCUUCGACGCCGUCUACGACUGGAACUCCAAGCAGGUGGAGCUCUACGAUGAGACCUUCAGGCCCCUGGUGGACUCGGUUCUGCAGGGCUUCAACGGGACCAUCUUUGCCUACGGGCAGACGGGCACGGGGAAAACCUACACCAUGGAAGGGGUGCGCGGGGACCCCGAGAAGAGAGGAGUCAUCCCCAACUCCUUCGACCACAUCUUCACCCACAUCUCCAGAUCUCAGAACCAGCAGUACCUGGUUCGAGCCUCUUACCUGGAGAUCUACCAAGAAGAAAUCAGAGACUUGUUGUCCAAGGAUCAGUCCAAGAGGCUGGAGCUGAAGGAGAGGCCGGACACGGGCGUGUACGUGAAGGACCUGUCCUCCUUCGUCACCAAGAGCGUCAAGGAGAUCGAGCACGUCAUGAACGUGGGCAACCAGAACCGCUCGGUCGGGGCCACCAACAUGAACGAGCACAGCUCCCGCUCCCACGCCAUCUUCGUCAUCACCAUCGAGUGCAGCCAGCUGGGGCUGGACGGCGAGAACCACAUCCGCGUGGGCAAGCUCAACCUGGUCGACCUGGCGGGCAGCGAGCGGCAGGCCAAGACCGGAGCCCAGGGCGAGAGGCUGAAGGAGGCUACCAAGAUCAACCUCUCGCUCUCGGCCCUGGGCAAUGUCAUCUCGGCCCUGGUGGAUGGCAAAAGCACUCACAUCCCCUACAGGGACUCCAAGCUGACCAGGCUGCUGCAGGACUCUUUGGGUGGCAACGCCAAAACAGUGAUGGUGGCCAACAUAGGCCCUGCCUCUUACAACGUGGAGGAGACUCUGACCACCCUGAGGUAUGCCAACCGUGCCAAGAACAUCAAGAACAAGCCCAGGGUCAACGAGGAUCCCAAGGACGCUCUGCUACGAGAGUUCCAGGAGGAGAUUGCUCGGCUCAAGGCCCAGCUGGAGAAACGCUCCAUUGGGAAAAGAAAGAGGAGGGAGAGGAGGAGAGAUGGUGGGGAGGAGGAGGAGGACACUGAAGAGGGUGAGGAUGAAGGAGAUGACAAAGAUGACUAUUGGAGGGAGCAGCAAGAGAAGCUGGAGAUCGAGAAGAAAGCCAUAGUGGAGGAUCACAGCUUGGUGGCAGAGGAAAAGAUGAGGCUGCUGAAAGAGAAGGAGAAGAAAAUGGAAGACCUGAGGAGAGAGAAGGAAGCAACAGAAAUGCUGAGUGCUAAAAUCAAGGCCAUGGAAAGCAAACUUCUGGUGGGAGGGAAAAACAUUGUGGACCACACAAAUGAACAGCAGAAAAUCCUGGAGCAGAAGCGACAGGAAAUUGCAGAACAGAAACGCCGCGAGCGAGAGAUCCAGCAGCAGAUGGAGAGCAGGGAUGAGGAGACGCUGGAGCUGAAGGAGACCUACAGCUCCCUGCAGCAGGAGGUGGACAUAAAGACCAAAAAACUCAAAAAGUUGUUCUCCAAGCUGCAAGCUGUGAAGGCAGAGAUCCAUGACCUCCAAGAAGAGCACAUCAAGGAGCGCCAGGAGCUGGAGCAGACCCAGAAUGAACUUACCAGGGAAUUAAAGCUGAAGCAUCUGAUCAUUGAAAACUUUAUUCCCUUGGAAGAAAAGAAUAAGAUCAUGAACAGAUCAUUCUUUGAUGAAGAGGAAGAUCAGUGGAAGCUGCACCCCAUAAGCCGCCUGGAGAACCAGCAGAUGAUGAAGAGACCUGUGUCUGCUGUGGGCUACAAGAGGCCCCUGAGCCAGCACGCCAGGACCUCCAUGAUGAUCCGGCCGGAGACUCGCUACAGGGCAGAGAACAUUGUGCUGCUGGAGCUCGACAUGCCCAGCCGAACGACGAGGGACUACGAAGGACCAGCCAUAGCUCCCAAAGUCCAGGCAGCUCUGGAAGCAGCUCUGCAGGAUGAGGAUGAGAUCCAAGUGGAUGCUUCAACCUUUGAGAGCACUUCCAAUAAAAAAUCAAAGCCCAGGCCUAAAACUGGAAGGAAAUCAGGAGCAUCCUCUGCAGCAGGCACCCACAGUUCCCAGCUCUACCCACAGUCCCGAGGGCUGGUUCCAAAGUAAAACCAGCAAGUUCCUCUCCAGGGCAUGGAAAACCUUUGCCUUCUGAGAGCAGAGACAAGAACAAACCUGCAGAGAGAGCUCCCAGUCUCCUUUCCCCUGGAGAUAGCCUCUGCUCUUUGACUGUCCUGUGCUGGCCAGGGUGCAGCAGGCUCAGUGCUCUGCCACUCAGCCUCUGGUCCCCGUGGGAAACAGCUUUUAGUUAGGAAAUGAGACAUGCAUGAGGUACGUUCAAGUGUGUUAGAAGCAACGGGAAGCAUGGGGAUCACCUCACACCAUCACCAUCUCUCCUCCUGCACUGCCCCUCUUGCUGCUCUGGCCUUCUUCUCUUGCUGUUGGGCAAUGAGAAGAGUUGGAAGUCAUCUCAACUGCACCACCACUUCAGAGCUCCACGGUGAGAACCAAGCAAGGAGCUGUUCCAACUUGACUGGGUGCUUACUUUUGCCUCUUCCUGCUCCAAAGCCUGGCAUCGUCGUUUGGGGUGAAGAGGUGGAUCUGACAGGCAGGCUCAGCAGUCAGUGUGCACUCACAGCAGGCAGCUGUGCCUCCCUCUUGGGCUGUAGGACACAAAAGGGUCUGGAAAGCAACUUUGUGCUCUCUGGAAAGGCAGCAGCAGGAGCUGAAGGCCUUUCUUUGUUUACAAGCAUAAGGAAGAGCUUCUCUAAAGUGACCUCCUACAGACCUCACCUGUACCAGCAGGAAACACCUUGUCAAGGAACACACCUGCACACCAGUGCCAGCUCCACUGCUUUCUUCCCCUCUCUUGCUACCAUCUUUGCCCCUGGCAUUUGAAACCUGUGGCCAGGUGAAGCCUUUCAGCCACGGGCUGCUGCGUGCCCAUUCUCUCACCUCUCCCACUGCUCAAAUGUAGCACUGGCACAGAGCCUUCAUCCUGGCAGGCCCCCGGGGCUGGCCCUGCUCUCCCCUGUGUGCAGGGUAGAGCAGUGCCAAGUGGAGCUGCCUCUUGAGUGCACUUGGCUGGGCCCUUCCCUUGCUGUCGAGAGGGGUUCAGCAUUUGGUACCUUUUGUGCCUCGCCUGUUCCACUCUGGGAGCUUUCCCUUCGCACCCCCCAGCCCGUGCAGAGCCUGCUGGGAGGGAAAGCUCAUGUAGCUGAGGCUGGGUGAUGGAAUCUGGCAUCAAUUCCAGGGGCUUCACUUGGAAAACAAGGGAGGAAGAACUCCUGCUUUUGACAGUCUCAUUGCCAAGCUGCCCUAAGACUAAAGCAGGCUCCUGAGACGCUGCAGGCUCGUGUGGCAGGGGGGAGGGAGGUGGAACUGCCACGCUGAGGCCAGUGAGGUGUCCCUGUCUGGUGUCUCACAGCUCAUUCAUAAGUUUUAGUUCACUGUAUAUUGAGAUUUGGGGUUUUACUUUUGCUGGUUGCUGUUGGCUGUCCCCCAUGGACUUUUUUACCCAUUCCCCCCUGCUGCUGACUCCCUCCCCCCAGCCUGUACCCCCUGUGCCAGUGAACGAGGACUUGCCUGCUUUUAGAACUGCUUUCACGUGUGGGCUCUGCCUUGUGAGCUCCCUAAGUGAAGUCACCCAGGCUGGAGAACUCUGUCCUGUGUGGCCCUCAGGAGCAGAAGGAACAGAGCAGAAGGUUGGGCACAGCACAGCUCACCCUUGCAUCCUGCGGGCACGGUGCCUUGGUGAGCUGGCUGGGCCUGCCUAAAGCCUAACCCAGCUGCUCCACUUCCUGGACCACAAGAUUAAUAUAUAUAUAUAUUAGUUCUGUUGGGGGGAAAAGAGGAGUUUGCUUCUAAUUGCAAGUUCCUUUCAGCCUGAAGAUGGGACCCUGGCAUCAUCUUCCUUUGUACAAAGCACUCCUGGUGGACAGAGAGCCUUUUAACCGGCUCACAUCGCAUAAGCUAAUGUCUCCUUCUCUUCCCUCUCUAGCACAUCACCUCCCGUCCUUGGCCACUUUCAAAGGUGAUUGUAUGCUGUUGAGUGCUCCAAGAAUUGAAAUGAACCAUGGAAGGGGGCUGGGGGGGCUCAUCUAAAAGCUGAAACAGCAGCAAACAGUGUCCCCAUGUCCACGUCCGUCCCGCCGCAGAGGCGUGGGGUGUGUGUGAAUAACGCAGGGGCAGAGCUCUGCCUGCACACACUUCUCCCUCAGGCACUCCCCAUUCCAUAGGGAAUUCUGUGUGGAACUGACAUGCUGGAAGCUUCCCCUCCGUGGCAGGACUGGUGCAGUGGCACUGGCCGUCCAAACCCAAAGUGUGCUCGUCUUAGUGUUGCUGAACUAGCUGGUGGCUGCGUCAGAGAGGAGCUGCUCUCUGUUAGAAACUCCUUAGCAAGGCGAAAGAAACGUCCAUAGGAAGGGGGAGAAGAAAGAAUUGAAGCUGCAUCUGUAGUCGUUGUCUGUGAGGUGGAGCUGUGGCUGGAGAUUUGGGUGGCAUCUGAGCAGUCAGGGAAGCUGUGAGAGGCUCCUUCUGGACUUGCCCUCGCCCAGGCGCUCAGCAGCACUGACAGGGAGGGGAAAUUGGUUGUCUUAAGCCGCACAGAAGGUGCUGAGCUCCGGGCAGAAGUUCUUUCACAACAUUCCUGCUGAGUCUGUCGCUCUCCGGGGUUGUUAUCUGACCCCUCUGGGUUUCCUGCAGCUUCCUGGCCCCAAGGCAGGAAAUCCAGCUGCCUCCUGGAAGGGGCCCUCAGACACCCCGCGCCCUCACAGCCUCCCCAGGGGAGCGUUUCACAUCCUUCUCUGCUCUGCAUCACAGGAUCUGUGUCUUAAAGGGUGACCUGGGCGGGGGAGAGGGGCAGAUCGCUGGCUCUUGGCGCAAGCACCACCUGACACCGAAGCAGAGAAAUGAAAGCCCUUCGUGAACUCUGCCCACGGCUCCAGCGCCUUCUGCAAACCAUCUGCAUGCUGCUUGAACCUCCUCAGAGACAAUACCUCUGCCGCAGCGCCUCGGGCUGCGCCGGCGCCUUACACACAUCCCACCAGCCGGACCCCCCCCCAGGUGGGGUUCUGGUGUGGUAAAGCCUGCCCUCAGCGCAGGCACGGCACUCCCUGAGGGUGGCUGUAAGGCUGGAGCUGUCCUCUCCCCUCUCCGAGCAGAUUCCUGCAGGGCCCUUCCUGCUGCGUUCAAAACACAACCUGGAAACCACAGCCUGCAAAAAGCCAUAGUCAGUGCGGAGAUGGAAGCGAGGCGAGGAGACAGGUCCAGGCUCUCCCCACCCCUUCUCAGGCCCCUCUCCAUCUGCCCGGGGCUCUCCCCUGGGCACAGCCCGUCCAGAUGAGAGCCUGCAGCUCCUCAGAUACCCCCACCUCCUCCUAGGUGAUCUAGAGACAAAGAGAACCUGUCGAUAGUUCUGUCCAUAGUUUUACAGCCUGUAUUUAUUUGUAUCAUCUCUUUUGUCUAGGAAUGUAAAGUGAUCCUAAAACACAAGGUGUUAAUAAAGGCAACUCCGAUUUACUGCA